CCGGGCCGGUGGGUGCCUCAGUGUAUCGUGGGCACGGUGGGGGAGAGUGCCGCGGCUCCCUCUCUCGUGCUCUGGCCCUUCGUUGCGUCUUGCGGUUAGUGUGCGGUCAGCGGAGUUCUUGCACGGAAGGUAGAGACGGUGUGUGAUAAUAAUUUGAAAUUGUCAUACCCAAAGAAAAUGGAUGAUUAGACCGCAUAGAAAACGUGGCACAUGAUCAAGCAUUUAGACCCUUGUGAAUAUAUUAUUAAGUCGCGGUGAAACAGAGAGAUAAGAAAAGAUAAAGAGAGUGUGUGCAGUAUUAAGAAAAGAAGGUAGAAAGAUCAUAAAUAAACAAAGUGAGUAAUAAGGAAGAUUAAGGUGCGGAAAGAAAGAAAAUAGGGGAAAAAACGAGAGAAGAGAGUAACGUGGUAGAAGGAAAAUAAAAGAAAAUUAAUAUAUCUAUAAAAGAAGAAGAGAUUAUUGUGAUAUAAGAAUUGAACCACGAAGGUAAAAUCAAACAAGAAAAAAAAAAAUACACGAUGGUGCGUGGAACAGCCAUCAUGAAGCAGGAGAAGAAGAAGGAAGGAGAAGCCGCCCAUCCGCCCACACCCGCGAGAAAAGUUGAUAGCACGCAUGCUCAUUCGUGACCCGGCCAAACGAUCUACAUUGGAGGACAUAGCACAUGACCCAUGGCUGCAGGAAGGCAGUAAUGUUGAUAUGGCAGAACUGAUGCCCCUAGUAUCCCGGCAACACCUGACAGAAGAGGACCAUGCGCAUAUCAUCCAUAAAAUGGUGUCAGGGAACAUUGCGUCCAUGGAGGAAAUACUAGAUGCGCUGGAUAAAAAUGAGUACAAUCAUAUUACAGCGACUUAUUUUCUGCUAGCGGAACGAAAGUUGCGUGCUCACCGGCAGCAGCAAGCAGAUUUGGCAAAGAAUACGGCUACGAGUCCCGUCAUGACCAUAAGAAAAUCUGGUGGCAGUUUAGAUGAAAGCAGCCUCCCCACAUCCUCAGAUUCAGCCAAGUUCACUCAGGAAUUGCAGCUCUCCAAGGAUGAUAUGAGCAAUGGCGUACUUCACAAAAAGCUGUCAGAAGUUCGGACUGGGGGACGGAUGAGAACCUUCAGCAUUCUUGAGGAGGAAGAGGAAGACGAAGAAGAAGAAGAAGACUUGAGAGAGGAGCUAGAUGAGAGGAAGGAGGAAGAGGACAUGCUGGACAAGGGGCAGAGAUCCAGGAGUGGCUCACGAAGUGGAUCACGCAGUGGCUCACGCAGUGGCUCUCGCAGUGGGUCACGGAGAGGUUCACGGGCAUCAAGUAAUUCCUCUCUCAAGGACAAGUGUGUUCGGGACAUGAAGCUGGAUCUUUCCCUCCUUCACCGCCUGGAGUGUGUGAGGCGAGGAAGUGGUUCACAUCAGGGUUCCCUGCAGAGCUCAGCUGCCACUUCUCCCUCAGGAGAUGACCCACCCUUGCCUGAGCCACCUUUCCCUCCUUCUUCCAACAUAGGUGUGGGGCGAGGGAGGGCCAAGAGUGCAGGGACAUCUCCUGCCACCACACCACCCAGCAGUCUUGUUCCUACUAUCAGUAACAAUAAUAAUAAUAAUAACAAUAACAACAAUAAUACUAGUAGUAACAACAAUAAUGGCAAUCCCCAGAGUAUGACUUUACCCCCACCCAGAGUCACACCGCAAUCCUCUGUGUCUUCUUCUCCCACUUCGCAAGCGUCCUCUCCCACCUCCCCUGGCCCUCAGCAGAUGCCAUCCUCACCAAAGAAUCAGGGCUCAUUCUUCAACCACAAGUUCAAAACUUUGCCAUCACCUAACAGGCGGCUGCACUCUGUCCGGUCUUCGCCGCAGCUGAUGCUCAAUGAAAUCUUUGAGGAAGGGGAGUCAGAUGGGGAAGGCAGUGGGGGUAGUAGCCGUGCAGCAAGUACAAGUGGAAAUAAUAUUGGGGGGGCUGUGGCUUCUCCUGUGGUCAUGCGUAGACACAGGUUAGUGAGGUCACGCACUGCCUCCUGCAGUUCCUCGGAUGCCUCAGAUGAUGACCAGGAAGCACGCAAGAGGCGACAACAGCGUGCACUCACAAGGCAUUUAUCAAAGGAUGUACAAGACGAGCAAGCUGAUUCGAAUGAGUUUUCACAGGUGGUUGCUUGUGAAAUUGCAGAAGAACAGGAAACAAUUGAUAUUAUAGUCGAGGAAGUUUGCGAACAGCCUAGUCAUGCACAGCCGUCAACUGACUGUAAUGGUGGUUUGCAGGUCCAAACCAGUACUAGAGGGAACAGGCCACUCUCUGCUGCCUGUGAUGAUGAGCGUAAGAAUGGAGCAUUGAAAGAAGAUAAUGGUAGCACAGAAAAUAUGUUAGAUAUAGACACAACAUUACGGGAGAGUCGUUCUUUAAACUGUAUAGUCAUGGCCACCGGUGAUCAAGAAGGAGAUUUUCCUUGCUGUAGUGUGUCAGAAGCAUCUCUCCUUGACCAGUGUGCGGGAAGCAAUAUUACUGUAUCAACAGACAAUGUAACUACUAUUUAUAUUGAAAAUGGACCGUGUGCAGAUGUUGCUAACGAGCGACGACCUUCACAAUCGGGGAGUUUAGGUGGUGAUCGUGUUGUUAUACGUGUCACAGAUGAUGGACAAAAUCAGGACUCAGCUCAGGAGAGCAUGAAAAAAGCAGUCGAAGGAAAGCCAAAUUCCCUAAAAGAAACGGGAUCUCCUCAAGAAAUUGGUGCUAGUGAUGUGGUGGUUGGACUGGUGGACUCUCCCCGGUUAGGGCGCACAGCUGGGGCACGACCAGUUUCAGACUCACAGGUUAUAACACGACCCCCACAGUCACCAUCUAUUAUUAAGUCAAUGUCACAUGUAGAACCUCUUAGUGGGUGUGGGGAUCGACCGUCUAGUAAAUUCUCCCUCCGGACUAGUGCUACCAAUGGCUCGCUGGCGGCCGGAAGGAAUCACUAUGUCAUGGACAUCAAUCAAAAUGCAGGAGGACGAAAGAAUCGCAGUGAAAAGUCGAAUGGUGCGCUUGCAAUACAAGGGACAUCCAAGUGUUGUAGUUUGUCCUGAGGCUUAGGCCAAAGGACUGAUCAUUAUAUAGUCCUACAUAUAAUUUGAGUGUAGUGAAAAUAUCCCCCUCAACCCAGAUGUAUCCAGUGGUAUAUAUGAAUAUAUACAUAUAAGCAUACACAUGUGCGCGCGUGCGCGCACACACACACACACACACAACACCACACACACACACACACCACACACACACACCACACACACACACACACACACA